AAGCAGUGGUGCACGAGAAGCCCAAGAAGAUCCCCAUUUCUGGGACUACCGCUCCGUCCAACCGCUCCCGGAAGACCUCCGAGUCUUCUUUCGACGGCCCCGGAGACCGUCUUCUCACAGGUGCUUAUCUGAAGCAAGACAUUAUAAUUAAACUUAGUUGCUUCUGCUUGCUGAGGUUCGAUGGGUUGUGUGUCUUCUAAGCAUGUUGUCAAACACCCACCGGGGUACGAAGAUCCCGUUAUACUUGCUUCUGAAACAGCUUUCACUGUACAUGAAGUAGAAGCACUCUAUGAACUAUUUAAAAAGUUGAGCUUUUCAAUAAUCAAGGAUGGACUUAUCCACAAGGAAGAAUUUCAGCUUGCUUUAUUCAGGAACAGCAACAGGAAGAAUCUCUUUGCUGACAGGGUGUUUGAUUUGUUUGACAUAAAAAACAACGGGGUUAUUGAGUUUGGAGAAUUUGUUCGAUCACUUAGCAUCUUUCACCCAAAUACUCCCAAAGCUGAGAAAAUUGCAUUUGCAUUUAAAUUGUAUGAUUUAAGGCAAACAGGCUACAUAGAGCGUGAGGAGUUGAAGGAGAUGGUAUUGGCUCUUCUCGAUGAAUCUGAUGUGUUUCUUUCCAAUGAUAUUGUUGAGACAAUCGUGGGUAAUACUUUUGUUCAGGCAGAUCUAAAUGGCGAUGGGAAGAUAGAUCUAGAUGAAUGGAGGGAAUUUGUUAAAAAAAAUCCAUCCUUGAUCAGAAAUAUGACUCUUCCAUACUUGAAGGACAUAAGCAUGGCCUUUCCGAGCUUUGUCAUGCACUCAGAAGGCAGUGAUGAUCCAGACACGACUUAGUAUGAUAACAUCCACUAUCACAAAGGUUCCAAUCCAGACCACUGCAUAUCAAAUGUAGAUCCUGACCAGAAACUGCUUCAAGAGGUGGGUUCUGUGUAAGAUGAUGAUGCUUUUUUCUGCAAACCACCUUCUGCCAAAGUAAUGCUGAACCUUAUGCAUUUUAGCCUUGGGAGUUGAUGUUUGUUAUUUUUCAUGUAUCUCCUGGAGGCCAAUAUUAGCUUCAUGAACUCUGGCCUCUUGUCAUGUACAUACAAAGUGUUGCUUAAUAGUGAUAUAGUUUGAGUGUGGCUAA